AUGGCGGACGAUGCAGCAACAACAGAGGUAGACCCGCUGAGUGACCCGCGAGAGCAACGAGUACUCCUUGCCGCCCUCAACUCCUUCAGACAAUACCGACAAGCCGCCCACUACAACAUAACCCACCUCCGCCGGCAAUCCUUCUACAGCCUGCCAGCACAACACCUAGACCUCCUGUGCGAAGAGCCCUUCGACAUCCCCAGCUUCCUCCGCCAAGUGGACGCCGCAAUCGACUCCAACGCCGACCUCGCCGAAGCAAUCUACAACAAUGCCCUCCAAAUGUUCGACAUCGACCCUACUGACCCCUCAAACUCCACAUCUACCACGCCCGGGGAUAUGGACAAAGCGCAGUCCACCUUGAAGCAACUGUAUCGUGACUGGUCCUCGGAAGGUCAAGCAGAGCGUACGGCCUCCUACACCCCGGUCCUCGAAGCGUUAGAAACGUACCUCCCCGCCACCCCUCCACAACGACAUCAAUACCAGAUCCUCGUCCCCGGCGCCGGACUUGGACGUCUCUUAUUCGAUAUCGUAGGGGCAGGCUACACGGCCUCUGGAAACGAGAUCUCGUACCACCAAACCAUGGCGUCGGCGUACAUCCUCAACGCUUGCCAGCGAGCCGGGCAGCAUGGACUAUUUCCGUGGGUGCAGGGGUUUAGUAAUCAUUUCUCCCGUGAGGACCAGCUGCAGAAAGUAAAGGUGCCGGAUGUUCUGCCUGCGGAAGCGUUACAUGCGGCGGGGGAGUCGGAGGUGCAUUGGAGUCAGCGGAUGAGUAUGGCGAGUGGGGAUUUCUGCGUGGUGUAUAGGGAGGCGGAUUAUGAGGAUGUGUAUGAUGCUGUGACGACUUGCUUCUUCAUCGAUACAGCGCCUAACCUAAUUCACUACAUCGAAACCGUUAAGCACUGCUUGAAGCCUGGUGGGCUCUGGAUCAACCACGGACCGCUGCAGUGGCAUUUCGAGUCCACUCAGACGCCCGCGGAGGCGGCCAAAGACGAGGACGGCGCAUCUCUCGCCGAAGAGAAGGGGCUUGGGUCAACGAAAGCCAACGAAGGUAUCGGCGAACCAGGCUCCUUCGAGCUCACAGACGUCGAGGUCCGGCAGCUACUGGUGCGGUUGGGGUUUGAGGUGGUGAUGCGGGGUGUGGCGCCUGGUGGACGGACUGGGUAUAUCCAGAACCCGCAAAGCAUGCUGCAGACCGCUUACCGACCGUCGUUCUGGGUGGCGAAGAAGCUGUGA